AUCUGAUUGUUGCUGUCUGACAAGAUCACAUGAUCGAGGGUGUCCAUGUAGCCACCGUUAGCUUGUUAGCUGGUUAGCAGGUUAGCAGCGCUGCCGUCGACCCGCUGGAGUUUACCAGGAAACCGCUAAGCGACCUGACGCUGUCUCGGGCUACGCCAAGUCGAGGAGGUGUCAAACUGACGCAUAGUACUAUUUCCUGGUUUCUUUUUCGAUGACUCGACAGCUAUCUGCCCCUAUUUCUAAGCUGGUUGAACGUUACCUGCAUGGCUGCUCACAUCAACAUUAAGCAAAUGAGCAUGUGACCGAGGACUGGGGUUUUACAGCACAUGAUCCUGACAAGUAGAGGAGGUUCAAAUCAAUCCGGGGUAAAUUAUUUUUUUUUAAGUGAUCGAUAAGGAGUGAACAGCCAUGACAACAAAGACAUCGCUGCUGAAAGUCAUUCUGCUGGGUGACGGUGGCGUUGGGAAGAGCUCCAUCAUGAACCGUUACGUCACCAACAAGUUUGACGCACACCUGUUCCACACCAUCGGCGUCGAGUUCCUUAACAAGGACCUGGAGGUCGACGGCCGAGAAGUUACCCUGCAGAUCUGGGACACCGCCGGCCAGGAGCGCUUCCGCAGCCUGAGGACUCCUUUCUAUCGAGGCUCUGACUGCUGCUUGCUCACCUUCAGCGUGGAUGACAACCAGAGUUUUCUCAACUUAAGUAACUGGAAGAAGGAGUUCAUCUACUACGCGGAUGUCAAGGAGCCGGAGAAGUUCCCGUUUGUAGUCUUGGGCAACAAAGUGGAUGUGACGGAGAGGCAGGUGUCUUCUGAUGAGGCUCGACAAUGGUGCCAGGAAAAUGGCGACUACCCUUAUUACGAGACCAGUGCCAAGGAUGCCACCAAUGUAGCGGUGGCCUUUGAGGAGGCGGUGCGUAGGGUGUUGGCAAUGGAUGAGAGAACGGACCACCUCAUCCCCACGGACACAGUCAAGCUCCACAGAAAGCCUCGCUCCGCCACCACUUGCUGUUCAUAACAUCCAAGAGUUGAUAACAUUACUUCACUAUUAGGCCCGUUUAGUUGACGAGGCUGUAGGUGUGCAAUGCUGUAAUAACAUCUUAUUUAAACAAAUUAUGCUACUGGCUUUGUGAUUUGUUACACUGUUGAAGGUUUGAUAAUGCUAAUAGUUGGACUAAUGAUAAAAAAAUAUAUAUAUCGAAGAGAAAAACACUAAAAUUCAUCCCAGCUGAAUAACAACUAAACCUCACUGCACUGAAUCCUUUUACUCUGCCACUGUUCAAAAGCCUGGCUUUAAAAGGAUUGUGGAAAAUGAGACUAUUUCCUGGUGGCCCGAGACUACCGGUUAUCAGUGAAAUGUUUUCAGGUCUUCUCUCAUGGCUCAUGGUCUACUCUGUCAUAAAUGGAACUCCAUGACGUGAAUUUUAAAUCUGUGUUUGGAUGUAUGUGCAACUAACAGUGGGCUUCAAAACUGUGCACAGUGAUGACCAGUAUAUGUAAAUAGAAAAUAAUUGCAUAAUUACAAUUUUUACCUCUCAGUAGCAUUGCUUCUGAGAAUUAUGAAGUAGCUAAGGCACUACUUUAUAUAACUAACAACUUGAGGCUUAUGAUUACUGCACCUUUAGGUUUGUUUGUGCACACUGCUUUGUGAAUGGCUUUGUGCUGGAAGCACUGAGGGAUUCGUUCCCUAUCACAAAAUAAAUAUUAAACCUUAACAUGCAUGGGAUAUGGUAUAUUUAAGUUUCUGGAAAUUUUUAUAUUUUGUAAGCUGUUUUUACCUUGGAAAUCACUGAAUCCAAUCAUCAGGAGUGUUUCAAGAAUGAUGGAGAAAUGAAAAGUGAAAGAUCCUUGUUCCUUAUUGCUGGGUUUAUUGUUUUAAAUGAUGAUUCCUGAUUUUAAAAGCACUCUAUGAACAUUUUUUUACAGUUACAGUUGAAAGUCUUCCCCACGGCUUAAAAAAAAAGUAGUGAACCGUUCAUUCACCUAAACUACUUCUCAUACGUUCAUCUAUAUUCGAAGUUGUACUACUGUUAUGCCAAAUGAGAAAUAAAAAACCCUGAGAACUGUC